UGCUGUUGUUAUGCUGGAAUCCCGUUCGGAUAUCCGCUGCGGCGCGCUGACCGCUCCCGGUGCCGGCAACCGGCGAAGGGGCAUCUAGGAGAAGCUGCGGGACCAACAUAGUUCCUGAUUCCAGUGCGGGACGGAGGAGACGAAGAGGAGAGGAAUCCGCUGCGCCGAGAAGAAGAAGAGGAGAAAAACGAGGAGGAGGGGUGAAGAAGAGGAGUUUGAUGGAGUUGUGUGCGCCUAUGCCGGCGAUUUUUCUGCAGAACGCACACGAGUAGGUGAACAAAGUGGUCAUGUUUGACUGCAUGGACAUGCUGGCGGUGAGUCCCGGGCAGAUGCUGGACUUCUACACGUCCAGCCCGUCGUCCUGCAUGCUGCAGGAGAAAGCUCUGAAAGCCUGCAUCAGUGGACUGGCGCACAGAGAGUGGCAGCACCGGCGAAGCGCACACUCCAUUGAAACACAGAGCACCAGUUCUGAGGAGCUUGUCCCCAGCCCGCCAUCACCUCCACCUCCUCCCAGAGUCUACAAGCCCUGUUUCGUCUGCCAGGACAAAUCCUCUGGAUACCACUAUGGCGUCAGUGCGUGUGAGGGUUGCAAGGGCUUUUUCCGUCGGAGCAUUCAGAAGAACAUGGUGUACACGUGUCACCGGGACAAGAACUGCAUCAUCAACAAAGUGACUAGGAACCGCUGCCAGUACUGUCGCCUGCAGAAGUGCUUUGCUGUGGGAAUGUCCAAAGAGUCUGUCCGAAAUGAUCGGAAUAAGAAGAAGAAGGAAAGCCCGAAACCAGAACUGGCAGAAAGUUACGAGCUGACGGCUGAGCUAGAGACCAUCAUUGAGAAAAUCCGUAAGGCCCAUCAAGAAACCUUCCCCUCCCUCUGCCAGCUUGGCAAGUACACCACGAACUCGAGUGCAGACCACCGUGUGAGGCUGGACCUGGGCCUGUGGGACAAGUUCAGCGAGCUGGCCACCAAGUGCAUUAUCAAGAUCGUGGAGUUUGCCAAACGAGUGCCUGGCUUUACAGGGCUGACCAUUGCUGAUCAGAUCACACUUCUGAAAGCUGCCUGUCUGGACAUACUGAUCCUGCGCAUCUGUACAAGAUACACUCCUGACCAGGACACCAUGACGUUUUCAGACGGACUGACCCUCAAUCGGACACAGAUGCACAACGCUGGCUUCGGCCCGCUCACCGACUUGGUGUUCACAUUUGCCAACCAGCUGCUGCCCAUUGAGAUGGACGACACAGAGACGGGCCUUCUCAGCGCCAUCUGUCUCAUCUCAGGAGACCGUCAGGACCUGGAGGAGCCUUCCAAGGUGGACCAGCUCCAGGAGCCUCUGCUGGAAGCUCUGAAAAUCUACGUGAGAAAGCGCCGACCCAGCAAACCCCACAUGUUCCCCAAAACCCUGAUGAAGAUCACAGACCUGCGCAGCAUCAGCGCUAAAGGAGCAGAGCGGGUCAUCUCUCUAAAGAUGGAGAUUCCAGGUUCCAUGCCCCCGCUCAUCCAGGAGAUGCUGGAAAACUCAGAGGGCCAAGAUGGUCAGAGCAGCAGCAGCACAUCAGCUGAGAACGGGGCAAGCCCCAGCACCGAGGACAGUCCCGACAACGACACCACUGCACUGGAGUCACCAGAGUCCUCGGACCCUGAGGAGGCCUCAGCCACUCCACCCAGCGACGAGCCCUAGGAGGCACCAUCAGGUGUCUCUUAAACUCUCACAGACAUUCCUUUGCACAAAAAGAUCAGCCAGCAAGGAGCUGACCCUCUAUAACCUCUUCGUUCCUUCUCUUUUCCGUCGCGUAACAUUAACUUUAAAUCCUCCUAUUUUUCUCUCUGAUUUGCUCAAAGAUUUCCUCCUAAAAGAGAUGACAACACGGAGGCCUCAAAAGAUCAGUGCUUUGGGUUUAAAUUUGAAUUGAGCUCUUGUUUGGCGCAGGUUCUCUGGGAGCAGGACUUUAAAAGGUGAGGGGGGCUUCCGAAACACCCCAGAUGAUACUCCUCAGGUCUCCUGUGUAAAUUUGUAUCUGCAUGAUGGGAGUUUGAUCAUGGUUUCUCUCUCUCUGUGUUUCUCUGUCAUCUCUGUCCGUAUUGUUGGCAGACAUACACUGUACAUAUCAUGGUAUGGUCAGGCCUCUGUUUCUAUGAUGAAGUUGUGGUGCUUGUUCCAUUGUGUUGAAUGUUAUUUUCAAGGUGACACAUCAAGGUUUAAAGCAGAACUAAUUUUAAGUUCCUUAAAAAAAAAAUCUCUAGAAUGUUAUUGCACAUCGACAUUUCUGAAGUCAAAUAUUUUCCAUUGGUUUGUAUAUUUAAAACUGCUCUUUUGUCUUUACAUGACCUAUUUGUUGUACAUGAAUGAGUGUUCAUCCACACCGGCAGAAUGCAAAGCUUCCCUCCACAUCUCCAGCUGAGUCCGUUCAGCUGUUUCCUCAAGGAGGGAAGCACAACAACAGAGCCUUUUAUACACACUCAUCAGACUGGCAGCGUCUGUUCACCUGACACGUGCUCCAUGAACGGCACAGACCUGACCGAGCAGGUUAGAUGCUCUCUGAAAUACACCCACACGGUGUCGACUAAAAGUCAAAAAGAAAAGCAGAUACUCAUACAUGCUAAACGUGGCUGAAACGAAAGGAUAUGCAGCUUCAUCAAACACGUACUUAAUUCUUGCACUUCAUUUUUGUUACUAGCCACAAUACAUCUGUUGCUAAAGAGAAAACCAGAUACCCAUGUCUAAUUUUUGUAAAGUUUUGACCCACUGAAAAAGAUUUCCAAGCUCUCUUUAAAAACAAUAUUAUAGGAAUUAUAUGGCUCAUAUGAAUUUGUUUUUCUAGCCCAGGAGCAGAGACACCUGUCUUUAGCAUCAUACAAUAGAAAUGAAUGCAUUUAGUGUGGUUAGCAUCACAAAGACAGCAUUCUGUGUCGGUUCCCCUAGAAAAUGUAGACCUAUACCCAGAAUGCCAACAUGCCCAAAGCCAACAUGUUUGAUGGUAGACACAGAUUGACCGCUAAAGUGGAUAAAACUUUUGCACCUUUGUUGUACUCAGUUCUGCCUUCCUGUUAUCUGCUCAGCAUCUUGUUCUCUCGCACAGCCUGAAUAGACCACAGACAUGUUCUUACGUCUCUGCAUGGAAUGUACUAUUUUCAUUUCAUACAGCCUGUUACAGCUCUGUGCUUCUUCAUACUUAAUCUGAAACACCUAAAAAAGUAUCACAACAUCCAUAUCACAAUGUGCUGUUCUUAAUCCCACUUGGCAACACUUAGCUCUGAUGGGACCACUGAUUGGAAAAAGACUGAGGUUGUGAGUUUUUAACAGGCUUAUCAGAGUCCAUCAAGCUAAAAAAAAAAAUCCAUCUGGUUACCAGUCUGUUUAUCGGUGCAUUUUCACGAUAAAGCCUUUCUUAUCAGAGCUGAAUUUUUUUAACAAAAAUAUUCCGCUGUCACAUCUCUAAAAACAUAGAUUUUCUUUUUCAUGCAAAACAAACAAAGCUACUGACUUGUGACUUUUCAUCAUUUAGAUAAUCUUUCCAACUGACUCCAUCCCAAAAAGGCCUUAAAGGUAAUUCCUCCCUCUCGAUGAUCUAACAGUUUGAUUUUUCUUUGGUUCUGAUAGGAGCCCACGGCUGCUUUCUAUUUUCCCAAAUGAAUGCCGGCCUGAUGAGUGUGUAUCUACUGCUAGCGACAGCGUACUAUCUACAGCGCAUGAGUUCUGUUGCGGCCUUAUAAACAGAGCUCUACAUCCCACCUUUUCUUCCCCUCAUAAAGUGUCUUGUUUGAACCAGUGAAACACGGGGGCAAUGCAAUCCUUGAAACACACUGAAAACCGAGCCUGAUGGGUCCGGAUGAUUGUAUACUGACACAGAAAGCACACUGUGGGGUAGGAUCAGUAAAUCCACUCCAAAUGUUUGCCUUGCUCUUCUGACCUGACUGUGUAAGCUUUACCUAAUGAUGCAAAAGGAGAUUCCAGACGACCUUUCACCCCUCCAGAGAGGCUCGGCUGGGUAAAUAGUCCCUUUGGAAGGUCGAUCCAGCUGGGCUGGUAUGGAGGUAUGAGGUGGUCCUUCUGAAACUAAACCAUGAUCAUGGAGAACUGCCUUUCUCCACAGCCAAGGUCAAAAGUGAUGCUGAACCAUGAGGAAAAAGACACUGUGUUAUGUCUUUGUGAAGGACCCAGACCCCUCACUGCCUUAUUGUCCAUUACAGGUCAAUAUGAGUCUAGCCACUCUGACAUGGUAAUUCAUCUCUCAGCACAAGGGAACUUUGCAUGCGUUAGCUAAAAGCAAUACUUUUUCAUUUUGAAAAAAGCCCAGUAAAGUGAUGCACUCUUAUUUUCUUGUCUGUAUUGCUGAAGGAAAGGUUCAGCAGUUCUACUUCAAACAGUAUUUUCACUGAAGAUCUGGAAUGAGGAGCAUGUCCUUCGGCUAAGAUUGCUGCAAUAUUGACACGAAAUCAAUUUCCACAACAUCAGGUCACCCCUGGUUAGAGUAAAAGGGAUAGUUCAGGUUUUGGUAAUUGGGAGUAUCUUAAGAGAUCACGGGUAGUAAAUAUCUUACCUGAAGUUGAUAGUCAUCUUAGCGUCUACAUUUUAAUGAAACAGAGAUUAGUUUUAGAGAUAAACAGAGCUAGGUAGAUCAGAGUCCAAGCACAAGUAGACAAGUGCCUUCCUAAAACAAUUCCAAUCUCUAAAUUAUGACCGCAGUACAUGUAAAAGCUCAUUUAUAUAACCUUAACCCACCCAUUGAUAGAUGGCUAUUUCCACUCUCAAACUGUGGAGAAUUUGGGUAAAAAACACCAUAGUUUCAUGGUAUUAAUAGAAAAAAUUAAAACAAAAAUAUAUAACAUCUAAACAUCUAAUUGCUUUCGUUGAAAACAAUUGAAAGCAAUUAUAAUUCCUAGUGCUGUUUAAACAAUAUGUUGCAUUGAUUGUUACAGUUGUAUUGGUGUAAUCCAUAAGAUUUAUUUUUGGAUGGACAAGCAAACAAAAAGAACAAACUACUAAGCAUUGCUGUUGCUGCUGCUUAUUGUCCCGUUAUGGAGUAACAGACAUUUACCAAGGGGAUUUUAGUUUGCCAGACAGUCAGGCUAUCUGCUGCAGUAGUGCCUGCUGAUUGCUGCUUUCUAGACAGACUGCUGGAAGCUUGCUGACUGUAGUUUUGAACCAGCGGGAUCUUUAUUGGAGAACUGGCCGGUGUUCCUUAAGUUGCUACAUUUGACCGUCUCUGUUUAGUGCAACUAGAAAGAUUUGCAAAUAGCAGAUUUUUCUUCCUUGUGUGCAAUGUAAAAGUAUAGCAGCCUUUAAUCAUCCAGCUGAUCGGCAGUGCAUAGCAACAGGUGGAGGAGGGGCAGCACUGUUUUACAGCCAGGAAAAGAUCUGGUCACUCCGGCACUUUCUCAUGCCUUUCUAGUUGGCUAAAAGCUUAAGUUAGUCCUUGUUCCAUCACAGUAAAAUACUCUAAAAGCAUUUUCUAUUGCUGGUAAGAUAUUUACUGGUUAUAACGCUACAGAACCCCACUUCAGAAGAUCUGAAUUACUCCUUUAACUUUGUUUUGGAAGGCAGUUGUGAAAUUUUGCGACAUUCAGUUUUUUUUUUUUUUUGUUUUUUUUAUCUAAGUAUCUUUUCAUAGCCGUUCUCCUUUAGAUACAGCUCUGCUGAGUCAUUCCAGUUCUUCUAUUUGAUCUGAAGCAGCAAAGUGAGACAAAUCUUUAAGGCAGCGACAGGUUCUGGGUCUCUAAGGCACAUAACAGACAUCCAUCUGCAUCCCAUCCCGCCUCAGAAAUACAUAUUAUAAGGGAAGCCAGAGCAGUUUCAGCUUUUUGUUUGUUGCUUGUUUGAAUGUGAAUAAAAGCACGGAGUCUCAGAAGAAUGAUAUGCAGUGUUAAGGAGUACUUACUUUAAGUCUUUGAAACAGAGGGAAUGCUCUCUUGCUCUCUCUCUCUCUCUCUCUCUCUCUCUCUCUCUGUGUCGCUCUCCUGGUGAGAGAUGAAGGGAGAUGUGUUGGUUUUGUAUUGGCAAGUUUUUAUUUUCUGUAAGCUGGUAAACUUUCACAGCUGAAGAAUGUCCGCAGCCGGCCCUGAGGCAUCGGGACUCAACGGGGACUGAUACCAGGUUCCUUUAGGACUCAACUUCACAUGCUGAAUUACUCGUUCUGUUCUGUUGAAUGUUGUACUGCCGUAACCGUAAGACUCUACUAUCUAGCUCAGUGCAGAGAUGUUAUAUAACUGCUGUGUGCUUUGCAUUCCAACUGGCAGCUCUGAGGAAAAGACGCUCACUUGUCCUUGGAAACAAAAACUCUCCCUGAAAAAAACAAAGGAACUGGAACAUGAUGAGCUGGUCUGAAAACGGACAAACAACCAAUAGAUUUCAGACAGUGACAAGGGAAGCUCAUGAAUGGACUAACCAAGUCACCUCAACACUAAAUGCAGCUGAAAUGUUCUGUUUGUGACACUAUUGCCUCUUUCCUCAGCCAGGAUGUCAAUUAGCUGUCGUCAAACAAUCAACCCAAUCAGCUGACAGCUAUUUGAUACCAAGGUUACCUGAUGUUGUAGGGUGUGGCCGAUGGUGCUUUGACACGGGCAGGUGUAUGCAUCAAAAAGGGGCUUUGAUUGCAGCAGCUUUUUCAUAAUUCUUAUGUUGAAUUGUGAAUUUUUCCUGUUGCCAUGAAAGCAAUAGUCAACAUCUCCUGUCCAUUGUUCUUAAACAGUAUGAGGUAAACCUCUCUGUGUUAAUGCUCUUAAAGGGAUCCAUGAUUGAACACUAGUGGAUCCCUUUAAUGCGUUUGUUUCAUCUUCUCAAAAUGAUUCUGUAGAUGGUUGUUAAACUAUGCUGUGGCUAGCUGGCUGGUUGGGGGUUUUUUGCUUUAAGUGGAGGAGUUUCAGUAUUUUGGAGUCUUGUUCCCUAGUGAGGGGAGAAUGGAGCGGGUGAUGGAGAGAUGAGUCGGUUUACCGAUUGGUCUACAUUCCUACCACCUCGGGGAAGAAAUUUGGGUCAUAACCAAAAGAACGAGAUUUUAGAUACAGUCGGCUGAAAUAAGUUUCCUCUGCAAGGUGGCAAAUCUCAGAGGUAUCCCUUAGAGAUAGGGUGAGGAGCUUGACCAUCUGGAAGAGGGUCAGAGUAGAGACUCUGCUCUCUCAGCUGGAGGAGGUCUCUGCUGAGUCCACUGAGUCUGCUGCCCGGACCUGGAUAAGGGGAAAACAAUGAGUACAAGGUCUGGCAGGUCACAAAAAUCCCACAAUAUCAUUAAAGCAUUCAUUUAUGUCAGUAAUUCAAUUAAAAAAAAUUAAACUUGCUACACUGAUCCUUACACAUAGCGUACUAUAUUCCUUGGGAUGCAUUUCUAUCCAUUUUGAUUAAGAAAACCCCAAAUUCAGUUUCUCA